AUGCGUUUCAAUGUGUUGCAAAGGAUGCAUCGACAAAAAGCCCUUGGUGGCAUCCUUUCCAGCAUAUCUGAAGAUCUGAGCAACACCUCCAGGGUGGUUCUGAAUGAAUUGGGUCACAUCGUAGACGUUUUCGUUGAUUGCAAUCCAACAAUCCUCGACCUUGUUGUGCUUCUGCAAUUCCUCGUAGGAAACCACAAGCUUUGGGUCAUUUUUCAAUUGACGUCUGUUCCACAUGGUCCAUCCGGCUCCAGCAAAUCCAACGGCUCCGAGGGCCUUGAAACCUCGAUACAUCAACACCAUUUGGAAAGAAAGAUCGAGUGCAAAGUUAACUUGGUGGUGAAAAAUAAUUAA